UGGCGGUAAAUUAUUAGUUUGUUCGUUUCAUAUCAUUCGGUGGAUUCCGACUGUUUCGAUACUGCAAGCCUCUUGAUUGUUGAAAAAAGAGGGGAAUUACCUCAAUAUUCGGGGCACUUCGUGAGUGAUAAGUGUCAUCAAUAAUGUCCGAUAAACGAUCGAAUUUACCUUGGGUGGAGAAAUACCGGCCAGCUACUCUCAAUGAUCUGAUAUCACAUGAAGAUAUUAUAAAAACCAUUAAUAAAUUCAUCGAUGAGGAUCAGCUGCCACAUCUGCUGCUGUAUGGUCCCCCAGGUACAGGGAAAACCAGUACGAUUCUCGCUUGUGCCAAGAAACUUUAUACCCCGGCCCAGUUUCAAUCCAUGGUAUUGGAGUUGAAUGCCUCAGAUGACAGAGGAAUUGGUAUCGUUAGAGGUCAAAUUCUGAGUUUUGCCAGCACUGGCACAAUGUACAGAUCAGGAUUCAAGUUAAUUAUCCUGGAUGAGGCUGACGCCAUGACAAAUGAUGCUCAGAAUGCCCUCAGGAGAAUUAUGGAAAAAUACACAGAUAAUGUGAGGUUUUGUAUAAUUUGUAACUAUCUGAGUAAAAUAAUUCCGGCACUUCAAUCAAGAUGCACAAAGUUCAGAUUCGGUCCACUGUCGUCUGAUCAAAUAAUGCCGAGGCUUGAACACGUGAUUCAAGAAGAAAAAUUAACAGUAAGUGAGGAUGGAAAGCAGGCUUUGAUGACCCUCAGUGGCGGUGACAUGCGAAAAGUCUUAAACGUUCUCCAGAGUACCUGGCUAGCUUAUGGGUCAGUGACCGAGGAGAACGUGUAUAAUUGUGUGGGCCACCCCCUCCCCAUCGACAUAAAAAAUAUUGCAAAUUGGCUGCUUAACGAGUCUUACAUGUCAGCUUACAACAAAAUUCAAGAUCUCAAGAUAAGAAAAGGUCUCGCCCUUCAGGAUAUUCUCACCGAGCUCCACCUGUUUCUGAAUCGAAUUGAAUUUCCCGAUGACAUCAUGAUCGACCUGGUGAUAAAGUUGGCAGCAAUCGAAAAAUACACAGUAGCUGGCACAUGUGAAUCCGUCCAGCUAAAUUCCCUGGUUGCUGCUUUCCAAGGAGCCCGAGACAUCGAUGUUAAAUAACAAAUUAACAAAAAAAACCAGAGAAUCAAUAAUUUCUUCAUCAAUCAUGAAAAACAUU